AUGGUGAAAUUCCUCUUGAAAAUGUUCCAUCCGAACGUCUAUGCAAAUGGCGAGCUGUGUCUCGACAAACACCAAGUUCUCGUCGUCGGCGCGGGCUCCGCAAUCAUCCAUUUCCAGGAACUGCUGUUUGGAUCAAUACUUCUGAUCUGGACGACGCUUAUUUAUCUGCUCAACAUCUAUUCCAAGAGGGUACAGCGACUCAUCAGCUCCUUUAACCGAGACCUUCAGAUCGACAAGAGCUUGUUUUUGGCUGAUUUUGAUUUCCGGAAGGAAGUGAUCCGGCGAGUUUGGGACGAGAGUCUUUGUGUGCUGAUUUUGGGCAUGCCCAAGUACCGGAUGGCCAAAGGGAAGCGCUUGCAAUGGUGGGAAGAGGUUCCGGGAGCGCCUUGUCUGGUCAAUUUUGACGGAACUCAUGGGGAACGACUGGUUGAGAAUGUGCGACUAUUUGAGGGGCUUGGUGCGGAGAGGUACGGCCGAGCUGCAGGCCAAGCGGGCCACCGGGCAGACCCAAAAGCGCUCGCAAUACAGAGCGUUAUCCGGAGCGAGUUCACCGGGCCCGACUGUUUCUGGAAGCCGCAUAAUGCGGCUGAUCUCGUCGGCGUGACCACCUUCUUCGGCCGCGCCGAUGUUGUCCCGUUCCCGUUCACGGUGGUCUUCAAGUAUGACCAACGGCCCGCGGAUCCCGUCUGUAUCUCCACCCCCGCUGACCUGCGCGCAUCUGUUGCCCAGAACCAGAACGCCCAGGUCCAGAUGUGGCAAAAGGUGCGUCUGGUCUUACGCGCACUAGAGAAUAAAAUCGUCUUUGCCCCGAUCUCGGUACCCUGGGAGGCCGUCCUGCAAGCUACCUCGAAGAAUAGACGAUGGCCAUGGUGGCUCCAGGGCGCGCGCUCGGACGUCCAGUUCCGUAGCGGAGUCUUGAUUGAGUACGAGGAUGGCCAAUCGACCAAAGCCAAUGGGACCCCGAUCUCCUGGAUCCGGCAUACCCGGCUACCGCGCUCCCUAGGGGGACGACUUCAAAGUCACGCCAAUGUUGUCCAAGCUCUUCCACAAUAA